UCUGCGCAUAAACAUAGCAAUGGUGCCGGAACAGAAAUUUUUCUCAUCCCCAUGCGAUUUUAUCUCAAACUAUAGCUGUUUCUAUAAUCCAGUGAGUUGAACGAAUUUCAACAUCAAAACACAACGUAAUUCUACGAAUUUUAUUUAUCUUUGUAAAUUUACUCCUUAUUGGUAAUUAAUUAUUAUGGAAUAUACAUGUGAUGAAUAAUCUUAUCUAAAAAAUGUAACAUUUAAAUUUAUAAGAACAAAUAUCAAACAAUUGUUUUAGAAAAUACAAACAAUACAAGCAUAAAUCAUUUCUGAAAGCAAUGGGAAGAAGUCGAACACCAUCUCCAAGAAGAAGAGAUCGUUCGCGAGAUCGCUCUAGAGAACGAGAUCGUGAUAGAGAUCGAAGAAGGCGACGUUCCAGAGAAAGGAGAAGAAGAUCUAUUGAAAGAGAUAGAGUAAAAUCUAGAGAUCGUGAUAGAGAACGAGAAAGACAUAGAAGAUCUUACAGUAGAUCUAGAUCGAGGGACAGGGAUCAUUCUAAACCAAAACAUAAAGUCGUUACUAGUGAAAGGCCAAAUAUAACAGAGGCUGAUCUUCAAGGGAAAACGCCCGAGGAACAAGACAUGAUGAAAAUAAUGGGUUUCUGUGGAUUUGAUAGUACUAAAGGUAAAAAAGUUGAAGGAAAUGAUGCUGGAGGAGUUCAUGUGAUAUUAAAAAGGAAAUAUCGACAAUAUAUGAAUCGUAAAGGUGGUUUCAAUAGACCACUCGACUUUGUCGCAUAAAAAAUCAGAGAAAAAAUAAUUAUAAUUUAUAUAAAAAAAGGAAUACUACCACCACAUUUCCACGAGCCACAAUGAUUUAUAUUUUAAACUGAAGAUGAUGAUGAAUCUCUUCGUGCUCUUUUUGAUGGAGGUGAUUCUUCAAUGAGAUCACUGUCAAUUUCUGUAGUUUCUUCUCGUGUUUCAUCAAGUGGAAGAUGCCUUUGUGAACUUUGUUGUUGUGUUUGGGUCAUCAUCUGAGAAUAAUAUUUAUACGUAAAUUAUUUAUCAAUUGAAUUAGUCAAGGAAUAAUAAUAAAUACCUGUGUAAUAUCAAGCCUUUCAAGUCCUUCAACUAGUUCAGGCUGUUUUAUUCUGAAGUCACGUGUAAUACUGUGCUUAAUAUGACUCUCAAGUGGUAUCUAAAAUCAAUAUUUAUAAACGAUAAUUUCUUAUAAUAAAACAUUAAAAUAUGUAAAAAAAAA